AGGGUGAGAGGUGUUGAUUGUCAAAGGAAAAGGCUUUUUUUCUGUUUCCAGUACUUUUUUUUUUUGAGAUGGCAGCUUCCAGCAUUUUAUUUGCAGCAUUUAUUUCUAUUGUGCCUCUUGGUAUUCUGAGGAGUGACCUAGCAUUUUAUAGAUCUGACUACAGCACAAGAGUGGGACACAUGUCACCUUCAAUGACCUGCACCAGUACUGUCUGUGACACCUUUUAUGGAAUCAUGUUUGAUGCUGGAAGCACUGGAACACGGAUACACAUUUACACGUUUGUACAGAACACUCCAGCAGAACCACCACACCUAGACAAAGAGAUUUUUGAAUCUGUGAAACCAGGCCUCUCUGCAUAUGUCGAUCAGCCUGAAGUGUUCUAA